UCUGGUAGCCCUGGAUCACCUGCUACAUCUGGCACAUCUGGAAACCCUGGAUCACCUGGUACAUCUGGUACAUCUGGUAGCCCUGGAUCACCUGCUACAUCUGGCACAUCUGGAAACCCUGGAUCACCUGGUACAUCUGGUACAUCUGGAAACCCUGGAUCACCUGGUACACCUGGUAACGCUGGAACAUCUGGUUCACCUGGAACAUCUGGAACAUCUGGAACAUCUGGUAGCCCCGGAUCACCUUUUGUAUCUAGUGUCUCCAGUUCUGGUUCAACUGAACCGGGAAGUUCAGCUUCGGGUUCAGUCUUUUCUGUUCCUCUGAGCACAGUACCAGCUAUUGCAACUUAUGGAAAUAGUGGUUCCUACCUUAAGGCUUCUAAUGGCAUUAAAUUAAUUGCCGUUUUCUUCGCUUUCUUACUUUAG